GUUGUUGUAAAUGCGGCAACUGCAAAAGGCUCGGACGGAUGGUGGCACGGCGGAGCUACCUCUCCCUUUCCAUCCUGCUCUCUCGACGCCAACACCAACAGCACAACGAGCGCACCAAGAAAUGGAGCUGAGCCUCCUCCUCCUCGCCACCUCUCCGGUUCCUGCUCCGCGCGCGUAGCUGAGCCGCGCCUCCACGCAAGCUCCCCUCCCCGCUCCAGGUGUUAUUUGAGACGCGAAGAUGGCGAUGACUGCUUACAAGUAUCAAGCUCAGGCGUUGAUGAGGGACUACUUGAUUUCUGAUCCACUCGUUCCGUACACCUCGGUGCUCAUUGGCAUUGUCCUCUGCAAGAUGGCUUAUGAUUCCACACGGCUAUUGAGCUCCUUUUACUUCAAGGGUUAUUCUUCAUUAACUAAAAUACAGCGCAUUGAAUGGAACAACAGGGGUAUGUCCAGCGCACAUGCAGUCUUUAUCACGGCUGUAUCAUUAUAUCUUGUCGUGUUGACUGAUCUUUUCUCUGACCGCCUGAAGGGACCUAUUACAUUCCGUAAUUCGAUCAUCUCCACUUUUGCAUUAGGGGUUUCUGUUGGUUACUUCAUCACUGAUCUUGCAAUGAUCUUCUGGCUGUAUCCUUCCCUUGGUGGAAUGGAAUAUGUCCUCCAUCAUACUCUUUCUCUAGUUGCAAUAGCUUACACAAUGUUGUCUGGGGAAGGGCAGUUUUACACUUACAUGGUUCUUAUUUCAGAGACAACCACCCCUGAAAUCAACUUGAGAUGGUUUCUUGACACUGCCGGGCUGAAAAAAUCAAGCACUUACUUGGUUAAUGGCAUUCUGAUGUUUGUUGUGUGGCUGGUGGCAAGGAUAUUUUUGUUCUUGUACAUAUUUUACCACAUCUAUUUGCACUACAGUCAGAUAGUGCAGAUGCAAGCCUUUGGGUACUACCUGACAUUUCUUGUGCCAUCAGUGCUCUUUGUGAUGAACACAAUGUGGUUCGUGAAGAUUUUGAAAGGUGUGAAGAAAACAUUGGCAAAAUGGCCAUGAUCGAUGAUGCUAAGCGAAUCCCAGAACUAUCAACAGGACCUGGUAUUCCAGCAACACUGCGUGACCUUGAUGUGUAAAUUUAUGGGUAAUUAGAUAAAGUUAAUAUGUAAAAUAUUAGCAAACAAGUUAGAUUAGAUGAAAUUUCCCUAUUUUCAGCAAAGCUGGGAAUUUCAUAACCAGUUUGGUUUGUACUGAAGUUCCAGCACCCUGUUCUACUUACUCCAUCUGCGCCAUGUGUAUAUCUGAAGAGCAUGUAAAUGGAUGGUUUAUUCAAUUCAAUAGUACAGUCCCCAAUGCUAAAUUGUGACUGUUCUAGCAUUUUGACAACACAA